UUUCGCUUCUUCCCUCCACGAAAUUUCGCCUCUGUUUUUUCCAUCCACGAUCUUACGAGAAUUAGCUAUUGUUCUCGUGAUUGUUUUCGAUUCAUUGCUUUAAAAUUCAAUCAGGUUUCUGCACCGUCCUAUGGCGGUUCGUGAUUCUCCAACCAGCUUGUUCUAGUGAACAAUUCUCCCAUCUAUGGCUACUCGAGGCGUCGAUUUCAAGUGGUAUGACGGUUUUUUCUUGUCGAUGCUCGCGACUAGUGUAGUAAUAGUUUCGAUCAGUUGGAAGAGGUAUCAUACUUGUGUACAUCCCCUGCAUAUAUGGAUUGUGGUUGAUUACACUGCCGUCUUUCUUUUUCGCCUGCUGAUGUUUGUAGACAAUGGACUUGCCGCUGGAAUGGGUUUGGACUUUGGGUGGCAGCAGAGAUAUGCUCGAUUUUGUGGAAGAAUUGUUGUCCUUUCAGUCCUAGCGCUUCUGCUAUUUCCAUUUCUUUGGGUUUGGACUGCCAUUGGUACUUUAUGGUUUAAGCAGGCCCAUAAUUGUCUUCCUGAGCAAGGUCAGAAAUGGGGAUUCCUAAUUUGGUUGCUUUUUAGCUACUGUGCCCUCGUAUGCAUUGCUUGCAUGUCAUUGGGAAAGUGGUUAACUCGUAGACAAGCACUCUUGUUUCGGGCACAACAAGGGAUCCCUGUAUCGGAAUAUGGGGUCUUGGUUGACAUGAUCCGAGUACCUGAUUGGGCUUUUGAAGCUGCAGGAAUAGAAACAAGGGUAAUGGGUCAAGAUGCUGCUACCUACCAUCCUCAUCCCGGACUUUACUUGACUCCAGCUCAGAGGGAAGCUGUGGAGGCACUUAUUGAGGAACUUCCCAAAUUCAGGUUAAAGGCUGUUCCAACAGAUUGCAGUGAAUGCCCUAUCUGCUUAGAAGAGUUCCAUGAAGGGAAUGAGGUUCGUGGCCUCCCUUGUGCUCAUAAUUUCCAUGUAGGAUGUAUUGAUGAGUGGCUUCGACUGAAUGUGAAAUGCCCUAGAUGUCGUUGCUCGGUCUUCCCGAACCUUGACCUCAGUGCUCUGUCCAAUCUUCGUUCUGAUACCGAUAGGCCUUCUGCAAGUGUUGUUACAGCCAAUAGCUAUAUGAUAUCUCAUCCUUUGAGCCAAAGUUAUCUAGUGAGACUGCAGGGUCUACUUCGACCUGUUCGCGCAGAAAACACGGGUACACAUGGUGAUUUAGAAUCUGCUAGUCCUGUGGAAGUUACUGAGAAUGGGUCCGCCCAUGACCAAACUAUACCAGAACGGUCUCCCGUAAGACCCAUGCCUUUAAGUCAGUCUACACCACAACUCUAGGUAGUUGUGGCUUUUUUCUCCCUUGCUAUUUUGACUGCUUCUAACUACUCCUGUAAAAGCUAAAUGAUAAGCGUCCACAUCUUGCCAUUUGCAAAUCGUGGCAACUGUGUAAUAGUAAACCUCGAACAUUUGGUUUUUGUAUCCAAGGAAUCUACUUACGUUCUAGCAAAACUCAAAUCUUUCAUUUGUUUAGAUCUUAGUACUGGACUCUUCAGCCAUCUGUGUAGGGAGAUUGCCCAUGUGCUAUUUGCAGACGCAUACCUUGCAAUUCCACUCGAGAAUCUUCUACUUUGACAGGUUGGUGUUUACUGUUCCAAUUUUUUAAUUAUUGUUUCUCACUCCUAUUCUCUGGUUGACGCAGAUUUUACUGUGAGGAACAAAACAAUGUCAACUCCAGGAAUAAAUACUGUUACUUUAUAUAGAAGGCUAUUUUGAAAUUCCCUUAAAUUGAGGAGGCCAAAGCAUGUGGCAGAAAAGGGUGGCGUUAUUAGAAAAUGAGAUAAUAAUUUACCUAUUUUAGUGCUAAUUUGUCUGUGCUUGCUUCUUUAGGUGGGGUCAUCGGAAAUUGUCUGGUUUGACGAGCACUCUAUUCUCCAUCAGCAAUGUGGCAAUGACCGAGUGGAGCCAGCCCUAUUGAACAAAUGUGGUGACCGACAGCCUUCCCUUAUUUUUCUCUUCACCCUUUUUGUAUAUAUAAUUCUAACUUGCAUAAAUUAUUAGUAAUUGAAGUCCCAUAUAAUAAAUCGUGAAUCAAGUUUCAUAGUUUGUUCA